AUGUCACUUUAUUGCACCACAUAUCAUUCACUUAUCAGUACCCUUAUGCAGUCAGUAUUCUCGGUCCCAAAUGCAAAACUCAUAUCUAUGUGCAUACAUGACUCCUAUAGCGUGAUCUCCUUGGUAGGUGGCCGUACUGCAGUUGUUGUUUCCUAUAACACUAGAUUCAAUACUGUUCAAAGAAUCAUCGAUGAGCAUCCUUGCGAAAGCUUCAUAUGCUGCGAGUUCCUUGUGCUGAAAAAACAACUCUUCCUAGCAGUUGCUGGAAAGCUAGGCAUUAUAAAACUUCUGAACCUAUCAAAAGGCAUGUUUGCAUCAUACAUCGAUGCCCACGGCGCAUCAAUUGUAUCAAUCAAAUGCAUCAGAAACCAAUAUCUAUUCAGUUGUAGUGAAGACACAACCAUAAAAAUGUGGAAUAUAAAUCAAUUACGCCUUGUGUGCACUUUUGGUGGCUACAUGGGGCAUAAGGACUAUGUACUGUCUAUGGAUGUAAGCGCUGACAUACAGUAUUUGGCAUCCACCAGUACAGACUGCACAAUCAGAGUCUGGAGAAUCCCUUUAUCUUGUGAUUGUAAUGACUUCGUCACGCCUUUGCAUACAAUACGCAAUAUUCAUGGCUCGUUUAUUCCAUGUGUGAAAUUCUACGGCCGCUUGAUUCUUUCUUCUUCUGCACCAAACAUAAUUUCCGCCAUUCUCCCAAAGUACACAUGUGAUGAAGGCAAUGCAUGCACAGACACUGCAUUUGUCGGUGAUAUCAAGCUUGAUGAUCAAAUUCUACGAGGAUUCAAAGUACACAACAACACUCUCUUUACAAUAACUGCAUCUAAGCAAAUACUUGCAUUUGGCAUGAAAAACACUGGGCCAUAUGCUACUCCUAAUGUAAUUGGCACAUUCAAUAAAGGUGUCGUAAAGGACUUCUGUAUUGCAAAUAAUAGAAUGUUUAUUCUGUUUGAUGAUUCUUCAGUCACUGCUAUAGACCUUUCCAAGUAUGCUUAG